CAGGCGCACAGAAAAACGAUUUGGAGUAGCUUCAGGUUUAUAAAGUAAAAAAGAAAAAUGGCCUAUCCUAGAACCGCAUUCGUAGCACUUUUGCUAUUGAACGUCGUAUUCGAAGUCCUCGCAGCGCCCAGUUCGAGACGGACACGGGCAGCUUCCGCGACACCGGAAGAAGCCACCCAAGAUGCGAAGCCUCUAGAAGAAUCAAAUGAAUCCAGCAGCACCACGACACAGAAACCUUCAAAUUUUAGAAAGAACAAGGCCCUCAAUCUCUUCGGCUACUAUCCUUCGUACUUGACGUCCAGCUUCGACUAUUCUGAUGACGACGACGACAUCAAUUUCAGCGCGAACGACGGCAAUUACGAAGAAGAAGAUUUGUCCAGGACUAUCCCAACUAGACGUAGACAGCAGAACAAGAAGAAAAAUGGAAACGGAGACACUUUCCCAAACGAUAAUAUCAACUCAUUGCAAUACGAUAACUCGCCUAUAUUCUACAUUAGAUUACCUCCAACUCCGUAUAUGUUCGUGCCCGGUUUGGGUUACGUAUCGCAGCCACCUACUCUAGGUCCACCCAUGUCUCCUAUGAUGCCCCAAGGUAUGCCGCCUCAAGUUGCGGAUCCAUUCAUCAAUUUGCCAAUAGAUUUUGUUUCCAACGGAAAACCGACAGGGGUUUACCAAUGGAGUGGUGCUCCGACUUAUCCACAAGUUCCUCAGAUGUCAGUUGAUCCAUACGGAUAUGGACCUCAGCCUAUGAUGCCACCACGGCCAAACUACAAUCCGUCUUACCAACCAAAACCGAAACCCAAACCCAGCCCUCCAACUAACUCUAAAGUCACUAAUCUCAAGGGUCAGUUUGUCUUCAAUGGUAAACCUGGCGAUAGUGUUUAUGUUCUUCGAGACACUUACAAUUCAAUUUAUUCGGAUGCCUUGCAAAACUUCUACCCAUAGACGUAAAGUGGCUGGGUAAGGUUAGGACUCGGAUGGCUCGUAUCGAGCUCACGUAGGUUAUAACAAAAAGGGAUCGUAUUGCCUAAUUAAAACGAAAUAGAAAGCUUGGAAAGAAAGUCAGGAGAUUACGAAACUUUCCCAGAAAUCAUUGUGAGGUCAUAAAGCACGUUUAAAUCAAUGUGCCUUAUUUUAAAACGUUUAAAGCAAUUACACACAUAGCUGACGAGUCGAUAAUAACAGCCUGAUGUUUUUGUACGCGUUUGCGACUUGCAUAUCUUGUAAAAGCCGAAGUACUUAAAACGUGUUCAUUAUUAAAUAUUAUCGAAACGCAAAAUUGUAAAGUGAUUCUCACUGAACAAAAAAGCUAUUUAAAAUGUGGCCUAAAAAUCUUUAUUUUAAUAUACGUUCUUGCUAUUUUAAGUAUUACCUUCACGAGAGUUCAUGUUACGGUUUUAUUCAAUAAUUCGGCAUUUAUUUUGUAAUUUAAAAUAUCCAAGACGAGCAUUGUACGCAAAAGAUCUACGUAUUUUAAUGUGAGUAAAUGCCUAUCUGUAUAUUAAUAAAUAAAGUAUUUCAGUUCAGAAAUUUCAGCUAAGAAAUUUCAGUCAAGUUUAGUAACGUUAACGUUAAAAUUAUUUUAAUAUUUAUUUUAGAUUUACUUAUUAUUUUAUACUAACUUUUAUUUCAAAUAAAUCGGUAUAAAUCUAACAACAUGGAAAUUAAAUAUUAUUCAAGUAAAUACAUAGAUUUGUAAUCUAGUUUUAAAAAUAUUAAUAUUUAACAGACGUCCACUAGAUAAUAAAGCUAACAUUUAAUUAUAAACUAGUUUGUACCAAUUGCCUUCCAUUUUCAAGAGAAAAAGCACAUAGUAAUCUUCUACAUAUUAUUAAAACAAUAUUGUAAUAACUGUAAUUGAAUUUGCAAUAUGUUUAGUUUUGCCUGCUAAGUAAUUGUUCAAGAUGACACUAGUUAUUCUUAUUUUUUAUUGAAAUGUGCUAGGGAAUUAGUGAUGUAAGUAUAUCUAUAGCAAAUGAAAAUCAUUUCAACUAGCUUAGCUAAAUCAUUGAUAUUUUUGUAAUUCAGUAGGCGGCGGCAUAGAGUUGCUGGCCUCUAUGAGCGACUAUGGCCGUGCCGCAUUAUUAGAAAAAACAACAUAAUUAACACUAUAAUAUUAUUAAACUGUUUAUAUACGUCUUCUACUUAUUUUUUCAAUAUGCGGGCUGUAUGCUCGUUUGCCUACGUUCGCCAGGUAAAAUAAAUAUGUACAUUUAUAAAAGGUAUUUAUGAUCUUUAUCUUGAUUAAUUUAGGUUUUUUUAAUACGUCGCUCAUUAGAUAAAAUGAAUUUUAUUAUAGUGUAUUAUUUAUUUAAACUAACUUAACAUACUGCCUAUUAACUGCCAGUACAUUUUAUUAUUUAUGAAAUUAAGUCGAUUGUGUAUUAACUAAACUGUUAUUUAACUUAGUCAAAUAUUGUCACAAUUAUUAUUACAAUAGUAUUUUUAAUUUUAUUAAUAACAUACUAAUGUACCUAUGUACUGUUAAGGUAUAAGGAAACAUGUCUAAAUAUUUUAAGAGUGUU